AUGCAAUACCAAAAUCGGCACUCUGACUCCUACCCCCAUGAUUUCGCCAGUUUCUUAGGAAUUCAACUGUCCGGCCAAGGCACCAUUGAAGUACCAGGACAAUCCAUCACUCUCCUCAAGCCUGUUGAAAAUGAUGGUCGCAAUAAACCAUACAUAAAGCCUCAGGCAACAAAAUAUUCUCCAUUUGCAGCGAAAACUUGCAAAUUCAGUGAAUUCGAUCACGCCAGACCAUUAACGUUGAAGAGGGAAAGAAAUUGCCCAGGGGUUAAGUCUGAAGGAUUUUUGACGGCUUAUUGGAGGCGGUGGCUGUGCAACCUUAUCAAGCCUUGCUGCUGGAACCCUUCUUAUACUCUUGUAGAGACCGAUUUCACGCCCGCAUCCUUCAAACGGUCAAUAUAUUCCAGAAUGGACUGUAAAAAAAUAACCAAGGACUAUUUGACCGUUUCUUCGCUCUACGGACCUGGUGCAGUUGGAUGCUGGCUCUGCAUCGUUCUUUCAGUAUUCGUAUCCUGGACACUCAAUCCUUGGCUGAGAAGAAGGGACAUAAUUACGAUCGAUCUCAUCGCCGCGCUUUCACUUCCUCUCAUUGCCGCGACAAAUCUCAUGGGUGUGGCUGGAUACGCCAGCCCAGCAUACUUCAGAUAUGGGUCCAGUAGUUGGAGAUUGCUAAGGAGCGAGGAAAUUUAUCUACGAAGUUCAGCGACGACUGAGGCUCUGUUGGUUAUCUGCGAGACGGGCUGUAUCCUCUUUUAUAUACUCUGUAUCGUCGCCUGGGCCCGUGGCCAUGGGAUAAGAGGAUGUUUCAUCAGCAUAUGUGCCCUUUGGUUCACUGCCGUCCCUUUUGCAAUUGGGAUUAGGCAAUCCGAACUAAAUUUCCCGAUAAUCAACCUCCUAAGGCCGCUCCCACUGACAUAUAUCCGAUGCGCCAUUGUCCCCGCCCUGGUUGUGUUUGCUGCUGUCUGUCUAUUCCAUAUUUGGAAUACAUCAAGAAAAGUGGGAGAUGAGCUUGACGAGCCCGGCUUCCACGACCGUAUAUUCACCAUUGCGUUCAGGAGUUCGCCCGAAUCAAUCGCGUUGUGGUAUUUCACGCUGAUGUACCUGCUAGCUGGAGUAAUAUCGUGGUGGGGUAUCCAGACUUAUAGCUUUUGCGACGCAGUCCCGUCGAAGAUUCUGUUCUUCAUUCCUACAUCAUCCAUCACGAUUGGAGAUUUUGAUCAAGCAGUAGCGCUUGGAGCUGGGGUUCUUACUCUCCUCUACUCUAUCUUACGGGCCUUCGCAUCCAGAGAAGACACAUCCUGA